AUGGGUCAAGCCAAAUCAGCAUUCCUACGCUCCAUAUCUGCUGGAGCAUCGGUGUCGAUGGUAUCCGCUGAGAAAGUACCAGUGGAUGCACCAACCGUUCUCGUCACGGAUUGCAGUGUCAAUCUAUCGAGACUGUGCGAGUGCAGUCGAGUGUUUCAGUACAUGCGCAAUGGGAAAAUGCCUCGAGAUUUGCUCAUGCAACAAAUAGCGAAUGUUGACGCACUGUAUUGCAUGGCUGCUUUGAAUGUUAAUGCACACAAUGUAUCAUCGAAGUUGAAUUACAGAAAUAUCGUUGUAACGAAUACACCUGAUGUGUUGACUGAAACUACUGCCGAAUUGACAGUCGCAUUAUUGCUUGCAACUGCACGUCGAUUGUGUGAGGGUGUUGCCGACGUGAAGAACGGUCGAUGGGGAACCUGGGAGCCAUUUUAUAUGUGUGGUGUUGGACUGUAUGAAUCGACGAUUGGCGUUAUUGGCUUAGGACGAAUUGGUUGUUCGGUUAUUGAGAAGUUGAAAUCGUUUCAUCCGAAUCGCAUCCUCUAUAACGAUAUUCAACCGAAUGAAAAACGUUCAUUCGUUUAG